AUGGCUUCGAAAGCGCACAGAAAUACCUACAAUGUUCCCGCCCAGGACCCCGAACGGGUCCACGGAAACUACAUCAACGGCACCACCGAGGAGAUCCUAGCGAGACAGUGCAUCACCGAGCUCUGCAAGGGUUGGCCAGUGUAUAGAGACUUUUCGGAAUGGCAUAAUUUCCGCAGCCUUUUCACUAGGGGCGCUGCGUAUGUCUGGACUGCCUGGUCCGGCCCUCUUCCAAUCGAUGAAUUCAUCUCCGCGUCCAUUCAAGGCCGUGCGCAUGGUGACUUCAUCGCGCACAGGGAGACUGGUACUCUCGCCAACGUUAACCUCAGCAAGGGCCGGGGAAUCGGGAAGAUGAAGGCGACGGUCACGCAGAGGUUUACUAUCCAGGGUAUCCCCGUCGAUAUUGACUGUGACUGUCGCUUUAUCUUCUUCUGUAGGCUGGAGGACGGGGGUUGGAAGGUACAGUAUGUCAGGGUGUUCUACGAGAAGGAUAAGGUUGUGCCUGUGGAUGGAAAGACUGUUCCCGAGUUUCCGAAAGAUGUUUUGGCUAAGUAUACGCCUGGAUAUCAGUAUUUGGCUGCUGCACAGCAUGCGCUGGGGCAUGAGGUCUUGAAGAAUUUGCCGGAUGCUUGCAAUGAGGGAUUUUUCAAAAUGUAUGAUGCGAUGGCGGACUGGCUUGAGGGCAGGGAUGUUGAUUUGUUUUGGGACAAGAAACAGUGA